ACGGACCGGAGGACGGGAGAACGGGACACCGGAGCGGCAACAGGUACCGGGGACAUUAAACGAGUCCCCGAUACAAUGCAAAUGGCUAAUAUCAGUAUCGGGACAUCCCAAAUAAAAGAAAGAUCAUUAUUUCUCCACUGACCCCAGAACACCCACCAUUCCUUUACCUGAUCAUUAUUUCUCCACUGACCCCAGAACACCCACCAUUCCUUUACCUGAAAAUCCCAGUAAGAAUUCUGAGGGAAACUUCAUGUUCUCCCUGAAUGAUAAAGGAGAAGAUGAAGAUAUGAUGGAGCGCUCCUCAGGAGAAGACCUCCUUACCCCUAAUGUCCAUCCAGAUCUAUCCUGUAAUAAUCCACCUGAUCAUGAGGAACCUUCUCCUGACCAACCACACAUUGUUACCACAAGGACAGAUCAGAAAGGGGGAAAAAGGAUUCAAUGUGAUGAAUGUGGAAAAGAGUUUACUGAAAGAUCAGCUCUUGUUAGACACAGAAAAUGUCACACAAGAAAGAAGCAGUAUGUGUGUUCAGAAUGUGGGCGACGCUGUACAUGUCUACCACAGCUUAUUAUGCAUCAGAGAGUUCAUACAGAAGAAAAGCCAUAUUCAUGUUCAGAGUGUGGGAAAUGUUUUACACAAAAAUUUUCUCUUCUUAUACAUGAGAGAAGGCACACAGGCGAAAAGCCAUAUUCAUGUUCAGAAUGUGGCAAAUGUUUUAGUAGUAGAGCGGAGCUUGCAACACACAAGAAAGUUCACUCAGGGGAGAAGCCAUAUUCAUGUUCAGAAUGUACAAAAUCUUUUAUAUUUAAAUCAAAUCUAAAAAAACAUGAGAGAACUCACACAGGUGAGAAGCCAUAUUCGUGUUCAGAAUGUGGGAAAUGUUUUACACAAAAAUCAUCUCUUCUUAGCCAUGAGAGAAUACACACAGGGGAAAAGCCAUAUUCAUGUUCAGAAUGUGGCAAAUGUUUUAGUAGUAGAGCAGAUCUUGUAACACACAAGAGAGUUCACACAGGGGAGAAGCCAUAUUCAUGUUCAGAAUGUAGGAAAUCUUUUAUAUGUAAAUCUAAUCUUAGAAGACAUGAGAGAACUCACAUAGGAGACAAGCCAUAUUCAUGUUCAGAAUGUGGGAAAUGUUUUACACAAAAAUCAUCUCUUCUUAUACAUGAAAGAACUCACACAGGAGAGAAGGCAUAUUCAUGUUCAGAAUGUGAUAAAUGUUUUAGAAGUAAAUCAAAUCUUGUUAAACAUGAAAGAACUCACACAGGAGAGAAGCCAUAUUCAUGUUCAGAAUGUGAUAAAUGUUUUAGCAUUAAAUCACAUCUUGUUAGACAUGAAAGAACUCACACAGGAGAGAAGCCAUAUUCAUGUUCAGAAUGUGAUAAAUGUUUUAGAAGUAAAUCACAUCUUGUUAGACAUGAAAGAACUCACACAGGAGAGAAGCCAUAUUCAUGUUCAGAAUGUGAUAAAUGUUUUAGAAGUAAAUCACAUCUUGUUAGACAUGAAAGAAUUCACACGGGAGAAAGGCCAUAUUCAUGUUUAGAAUGUGGUAAAUGUUUUAAAAAUAUAUCAGAAUGUUCAAGACAUGAGAAAAUUCAUACAGGAGUGAAGCCACAUUCAUGUUCAGAAUGUGGGAAAUGUUUUAUAGGCAAGUCAGAGCUUGUUGAACAUGAAAGAAUUCACACAGGAGAGAAGCCAUAUCCAUGUUUGGAAUGUGGUAAAUGUUUUAAAAGUAAAUCAAAGCUUGUUGUACAUGAGAGAAGUCACACAGGAGAGAAGCUGUAUUCAUGUUCAGAAUGUGGGAAAUGUUUUACAACUCAAUCAUCUCUUGAUAUACAUGAGAGAAUUCACACAGGAGAGAAGCCAUAUUCAUGUUCAGAAUGUGGGAAAUGUUUCAUAAGUAAAUCGCAACUUUCUGGACACGAGAUAAGUCACACAGGAGAGAAGCCAUAUUCAUGUUCAGAAUGUGGGAAAUGUUUUAAAAGUAGCGGAGAGCUUGUUAUACAUGAGAGAAUUCACACAGGAGAGAAGCCAUAUUCAUGUCCAGAAUGUGGGAAAUGUUUUACAUGUAAAUCAAACCUCUCUAGACACGAGAAGUCACACAGGAGACUGUAAGAUGACAUAAUAAAUGAUAAAUAUAUAAUAUGGAGAAUGGAAAUCUGAGAUCUCAGGUGACAGUAAAAUAUGAUGUUUCUAAGUUCUGUUGUGAGAAUUAACCCUCGAAUAAACUUCAUAAUGAAACCUAAGCAGAAGCUAAAGCCGAC